UGCGUCUUAGUGGCGCCCCAUUUCACAAAAGUUGAAACCUGCUCUGCUCCCCUCCACCUACCCCAAACUCCCAUUCGUCUUCCUCCUCCGCCUCAAUCCAAUCCUUUCCUUCCCUUUUCGGCUCCACCAACCGAUCAUCAUCCGGCCAGAAAUCUCUUCCAUCUUCUUCUCCAGAGCUCUCGCAUGGUUUCUACCUCUGUGGCGCUCGCUUUCGUGCAGUAGCAGUAGCAGCAGAGAGCAGGCAGCGACCACCGCCAUGCUCCGGGAGCUCUUGGCCGUGGCGGCGCGCGCGGCGCUGGAGUGGGCGCUGGCGUCGCUGCUGCUCGCCAACGGCGCCGCCUUCUGCCUCAUCGCCGCCGCCGCCGCGCGCCUCCGCCUCGGCCAGCCCUGCAUCCUCUGCGCCCGCGUCCACCGCCUGCUCUGCUCCUCCCCUGCCUCCGCCGGUGAUGGACGCGGCGCCCUGCGCCUCCUCCUCUGCGACGCCCACCUCGCCGCCGUCGCCGCGGAGCCUCCAGCUCACCACGAUCAUCGCCGGGACGUGGCGUCACGGAAAGCCGGAUUGGUGGAGCCCGAUGAUCCGGACAAGGUUUCAGGCCUGGAGACUCACCGCGUCGUCUCCAUCGGCAGCGAGAUAUGCGAGCAGGACCACGACGUCAACGGGCAACCCCUGGCCGCCGACCGCAGCAGCAUCUCAAGAACCACCAGCAGCAGCGAAGGCGGUGGCAGCGGCCCGCUCGUCUCCCUCUUCGAGCUCUCCCCGAUCAUCGCGCGGCCACGGGAUGGCGGCGGCGCCGGCGAUUCCUCCGUGGACCCGGCCACGGCGGCGCCGGAGCUGGUUGCCGUGGACGGCGACGAGCUCCUAACCGUCGGGCAGAUCGUCUCCGCGCUCCGCGAGCAGAGGCGGGAGCUGGAGGCGCUGCGCGCGGAGCUCGCCUCCGAGCGGCGCGCGGCGGCGGAGGCGGAGGAGCGCCGGCGGCAGCUGGAGGAGCAGGGCGAGCUGGACCGGGAGGCGGCGCGCCUCGCCAUGCAGCUCGUCCACGAGAGCGAGACGGAGAAGCACGGCCUGCAGCGGCAGCUCGAGGCGUGCAGGGUCAGGGCCCAGCUCUACCAGCUCGACGACGACGCCAUGGACGGCGAAGACGCCGGCGGCGAGGGAGGUCGCUGGGAGUCGAACGGGGGCGGCGACGGCAACAACUACCAGUCGCUCGUGGACUUCUUGCCGGGGUCGGUUUACUCCUCGUCGCCGGACCUGGCCAACCUCCUUAAGCUCUGCACCGAAGCCGGCAAUGGCGGUGGCCGUCGUCAGAGGGAUGAUUAUUACGGCGAGCCGGCCGUUGCGGUGGUCGAGGAGGAAGCCGAGGAAGAGGAAGUGAUGGCCGUCGCCGUCACCGUCACGGCGGCCACUGAAUCCAGCGGGAGUGUUGUUGGUGCGACUACCACCAUUGUUGCUGAGCCUUUACAUGAACGAAGUACCAAUAGUUGUCACGUUGAAACAGUUGCUGAAGCUGCUUAACUCGUCCCGACAAGCAUUGCCAUCUCUUGUAAAUUGAUUUCUCUUGUGUAUAUUCUGUCUUCUUCUUCCUUUUUUUUUCAGAUAUUGAAAGCUUGGGUGUGUGUGUAUGUAUAGUGAUACAUGUAAACAGUUUGUCCAUCGUGGUGUUAAAGAGUAGAAAUUUAGAAUCUUCAAAAA